GCUCUGGGUUUCUAAUACUGAGCUCAAAGCCCAAGUAGAGUACUUGGCAAAACAGGUUGCUCAACUCACUAAGUUAAAAAUGAACUUGGUGAACACUCCGGAAGAAAGUGAUGAAGAAAAAGAAGAAGCUCAACUAGAAGCUGAUUUUUGUCACACUACUAGAGGAACUACACAAGAAAAGGGAGCUACUGAUUUUAAGGUUGACAUACCAACCUUUGAAGGAAAGAAUGAUCCGGACGACUUUCUAGAGUGGCUGGAAACAGUUGAGCGUGUCUUUGAUUUCAAAGAUGUGCCCGAAGAUAAGAAAGUCAAGAUCGUGGCGUUGAAGUUCCAAAAGUAUGCGUCCACUUGGUGGUCCAAUCUUUCCACCAAAAGAAGGCGUGAAAACAAGGCUCCGGUGAAAACUUGGUUCAAAAUGCGGAGCUUGUUGAAGAAGAAGUUCUUGCCCGAACAAUACGUACGAGACAACUUUGCUAAGCUACAACACUUAAGGCAAGACGUGCUCGGGCAUGUUUGCACGGUGGGAAAAGUAUUGGCGAAGAAAAUUAUUGGCCUCAAGUGUGUGCCUCAUGCUAGAGCUUCAAGAUUUAAGUUGUUGCAAAUUGAUGGGUGCUACUACAAAAAAAGAGGAAAAAAUUGCAGAAUCCUUAAAAUGUGUGUAACUAUGAAUCGAUGGGAGAUUCAUGGGUUGAGGAAGUUUGAUCUGUACUUUGGCAAGGCAAAUCAAGAAGAAACUGAGGAGGUAGAAUCUAUUGCUAACGCUUUUGAUUCAAGGCAUCAAACCCAUGAUGGAUUCAGAAUCUCAUCUUUUUUUAUGACGAUUGUGAUGGGAAGGGCCUACCACACUGACAGCUACUAGUUGGGAUUAUGCCGGAUGAUGAAUAUGAAUCUUCAACUGGUAGCCCAGAAGGUAUGGAGGCCGAAGAGAGAUUGAAAUUUUCUUUAAAGGAUUGUUCCCAUUCUCUCCUUGGCCUACGAUUUCCAUCUUCAUCACAAAUCCAAACAACCCUUUGAUCUUUUCUGCUACAGAAUAUAUACUAGGUAAAAUAAAUCUCUUGGAAACUAAUAUGGUUGUGAUGCUCUUUUGCUUUGCGUUUCUCUUUCUUGGUUACUAUCGUGUGACCCGUAUCCUGGCAAUAGAAUCUGGAAUUGCGCCUUGUUAUUUGAAGCCAUGGCGGUGUUAGCUUGCUAUUUUUCUACAAAGAACUAGAUCUGAGCCUCACCAAAUGCGUUUUGUUUAGGCUCUAUUUGGAUCAUGGAAAACACUAGAGCCAGAAAAAGAAAUUUUAAGGAAAAUU